UAGAAGCCGGUGGUUUUUAUCUUUUGAUUUUUUUUUUUUUUUUUGAGUAGGGCAUUGUGCUGGGAAGCGGGAUAGGAUUGGGUCUGUUUGGGAGCCGCGGCUUGUCCAAAGCGGCUGUAUUCGGGAUGGAGCACUGGGCUGUAUUUUGGGAUGAAAAAGAUGGUAGCGUGGACUGUUGGAAAAACCACCCUUAUUGAUUGUAUCUUUCUCCUUUGUGUUCCUUUUACCCCAGGUUUGAAUUUUCUUGGAGAAAGACAGGCCAGCCACGAGGAAAACAGAAACGAGCCUCAUCAACAUCUAAGCCCUUGAAAGGAUCCAGAGGGGGGAAAGGGAAAACCGCAGCCACCAGCCCAACAACCACUUGUGUCUUCUGCCCCUGCCCACCUAUUUGCCCACCCCACCAGCCCACGCUGCUUGGGACUUGAGAUCUGUGGCCGAAGGACCGUCACCACAUACUUCAAAAAUAAUCAACCACCCUCCCUUCCCAAACCCAACCCAAUUUCACUCAUUCAGCGUUUACUUUUUUGCAUCCACUCAGAAUUUUUUUCUACGACCCCCCUCCCUAAAUGGAGUCGGGUGGGGGGAAAUGAAUACUGAGUCGGCCUUUAUUUUUCAAGAGACUUUUUGAUCCAAUGAGGCCCCCUAAGUAAUCGAGUUUUGGGUCCUGGUUGGUUGUUUUAUUUUUUUCCUCCAAAUUUUGCCCCCUCCCCCCCUGAGCCCGAGGUGCUGACGUCGCAAAAAAAUUGGAUAAAACCAGGAUCAUGGGUUCUGGUCCCAUAGACCCCAAAGAGCUGCUCAAAGGGCUGGACAGCUUUCUAAACCGAGAUGGGGAAGUCAAGAGUGCGGACGGGAUUUCCAAGAUCUUCAGUCUGAUGAAGGAAGCACGGAAGAUGGUGAGUCGCUGCACAUACUUGAACAUCCUGCUGCAGACUCGGUCAUCUGAAAUACUGAUCAAGUUUAUUGACGUGGGAGGCUACAAGCUACUUAACAACUGGCUGACCUAUUCCAAGACCACCAACAACAUUCCCCUCCUGCAGCAGAUCCUGGUGACCCUCCAGCACCUGCCACUCACGGUGGACCACCUCAAGCAGAACAACACAGCCAAGCUGGUGAAGCAGCUGAGCAAGUCGAGUGAGGAUGAAGAGCUGCGGAAGCUGGCCUCCGUCCUCGUCAGCGACUGGAUGGCCGUCAUCCGCUCCCAGAGCAGCGCGCAGCCUGCAGCAUCUCCCUCCCAACUGCGGUCCUUUCCUGCAACAGAGAAAGAUAGGAAGAAGCGCAGAGAAGAGGGGAAAAGCCGCAGCGUGCCCCCGGAGCGCCCCCCAGCCGAGGUGAAGCCCGAGGCCCGGGCUGAGGAGGUGCCUGAGAAGAAGCGGGAGAAGCCCAAGUCAUUGCGCACCACGGCGCCCAGCCACGCCAAGUUUCGCUCCACUGGGCUGGAACUGGAGACACCGUCACUGGUGCCCGUGAAGAAGAGUGCCAGCACUGUGGUGGUCUCAGACAAGUACAACCUCAAGCCCAUCCCCCUGAAGCGCCAGAGUGCUGCAGCGACGCCUGGAGAUGCAGCCCCCCCUGCAGAGAAGAAGUACAAGCCCCUCAACACAACCCCCAACACCACCAAGGAGAUCAAAGUGAAGAUCAUUCCGCCACAGCCUAUGGAGGGCCUGGGCUUCCUGGACGCACUCAACUCAGCUCCUGUCCCAGGCAUCAAAAUUAAAAAGAAGAAGAAGGUGCUGUCACCCACUGCUGCCAAGCCCAGCCCCUUUGAAGGGAAGCCAAGUGCAGAGCCAAGCACAACCAAGCCAGCGUCCCCAGAGCCAGCCCCAGCCUCUGAGGCCAUGGACGUGGACCGGCCUGGCACCCCGGUGCCCCCUGUGGAGGUCCCAGAGCUCAUGGACACAGCCACGUUGGAGCCAGGAGCCCUGGAUGCCCGGCCAGCAGAGAGCCCCGGGGAGCCUGGGCCGCUGACGCGGAAAGGCCGGAAGCGGAAGACAGUGACGUGGCCCGAGGAGGCCCGGCUGCGGGAGUACUUCUACUUCGAGUUGGAUGAGACGGAGCGUGUGAAUGUAAAUAAGAUCAAGGACUUCGGGGAGGCAGCCAAGCGAGAAAUCCUGUCGGACCGGCACGCGUUUGAGACGGCCCGGCGCCUGAGCCACGACAGCAUGGAAGAAAAGGUGCCCUGGGUGUCCCCAAGGCCACUGCUGCUGCCUGCACCACUCGUCACCCCCGGCAGCAACAGCCAGGAGCGCCACGUACAGGCUGAGCGGGAGAAGGGCAUCCUGCAGGAGCUGUUCCUCAACAAGGAGAGCCCGCACGAGCCCGACCCCGAGCCCUACGAGCCCGUGCCCCCCAAGCUCAUCCCUCUGGACGAGGAAUGUGCCAUGGAUGAGGCCCCCUAUGCUGAGGCCCUGGAGCCCGGUGGCCCAGGCGGCUCCCCUGAUGGUGCGGCUGGCUCCAAGCUGCCUCCAGUGCUGGCCAACCUCAUGGGGAGCAUGGGCGCUGGGAAGAGCCCGCAGGGCCCGGGCGGGGGUGGCAUCAACGUGCAGGAGAUCCUCACCUCCAUCAUGGGCAGCCCAGGCAGCCACCCCCCGGAGGAGCUGCUGAAGCAGCCAGACUACUCAGACAAGCUCAAGCAGAUGCUGGUGCCACAUGGACUUCUGGGUCCUGGACCCAUUGCCAACGGGUUCCCACCUGGAGGCCCCGGAGCCCCCAAGGGGAUGCAGCACUUCCCCCCUGGGCCGGGGGGACCCAUGCCAGGUCCCCAUGGAGGCCCUGGUGGACCAGUGGGUCCACGUCUCCUGGGUCCCCCACCACCUCCCCGUGGGGGUGACCCCUUCUGGGAUGGGCCAGGGGAUCCCAUGCGGGGCGGCCCAAUGCGAGGGGGUCCAGGCCCUGGUCCCGGACCAUACCAUCGUGGCCGAGGUGGCCGAGGAGGAAAUGAGCCCCCUCCACCACCCCCUCCAUUCCGAGGGGCCCGAGGAGGACGGUCUGGAGCAGGACCGCCAAAUGGACGAGGCGGCCCCGGUGGAGGCAUGGUUGGAGGUGCUGGGCAUCGGCCCCACGAAGGCCCCAGUGGGGGCAUGAGCAGCGGCAGUGGACACCGGCCCCACGAUGGCCCCGGUGGGGGCAUGGGCAGUGGCAGUGGACACCGCCCCCAUGAUGGCCCCAACGGGGGCAUGGGCAGUGGCAGUGGACAUCGGUCCCAUGAAGGCCCUGGUGGAGGAAUGGGCAGUGGACAUCGGCCCCACGAAAGCCCUGGAGGUGGCAUGGGUGGUGGCAGUGGACAUCGGCCCCAUGAAGGCCCUGGCAGUAGCAUGGGUGGCAGUGGACAUCGGCCCCAUGAAGGCCCUGGACACGGGGGACCCCAUAGCCACAGGCCACAUGAUGUUCCUGGUCACCGAGGCCAUGACCACCGAGGGCCACCUCAUGAGCACCGUGGCCAUGAUGGCCCUGGCCACGGGGGAGGGAGCCACCGAGGACAUGAUGGAGGCCACAGUCACGGAGGAGACAUGUCCAAUCGCCCCGUCUGCCGGCAUUUCAUGAUGAAGGGCAACUGCCGCUACGAGAACAACUGUGCCUUCUACCACCCCGGGGUCAACGGGCCACCCCUGCCCUAGGGCCAGCAGCCCCGCUGCAGCCUGCUCCUCCCCAGUUAUGGCUUCUGUGAGGCCCAUGUCCCCUUUCCCAGCUGAGAGGAGCUGGCCCCAGGCUCAACCCAUGCGGUCCGGUCCCACCCGUCUCGGGUGUGUGUCCGUGUACAUACCCCUUCGGCCCAGGGCCGGGCUGCCGGCCUGGACUGUGGACCCUGAUGAGGAGGCCCUGCCGGCUCCGCCUGCGUCCUGGCCCUUGGUGCAGCCCCACUGCCCAGAGCCCAGGGCCACCUGGCUGCGCCUGCUCUCCCAUCUGUGGGCCUCACACAGACUCCAUGGGGGACCCACUGUCCUGGGAGGGCACCUCGCCCCACUGCCCUGUGCCCACGGUCGAACCUGUACCCGUCCGCCUUUGAGUCUGCUGGGUUUGAUGAUGGCAGAUUCCUUUCUGCAUGGUGAGCACUUGGGGCUACCCCACCUCUGACCAUCCUGGAGACUUCACAGGACACUUGGGGACCCACUUCCCGCCGAGGGUCACACUACACGCCCCUGGGCCUCAGCAGGUUGCCCCUGCCCAUCGGCAUCGGUUGUUUUCUAUGAAAACAGUGAAUUGGUUGGGUUUUGUGCAGGGUCUUGGGUUAGAGCCACAAUGGAUUUGAGGAUGGAUAUUUUCUUUUUCUUUUGGUUUUGUAUAUUUUGUACAUUAAUAAACAGUGCAAAAAGAAGCAGCUUAUUUAA